AUCACAUCAUCAUCAUCAAAUUUUGUUUGACUAAUCAUCACCUGAUUUAUGUAAAUUUGGGUAUUAACCUAGAUAACUGGGUAAAACCUCGUGAUGACUGAUGACAAAACAAAUUGACAAAAACAAAUAAUACUUUGCAAACUUAACGUUAUGAUAUUGUUGUCCUAAUUUCAGUUGAUGAUAACGUUUAUCAUUGCUACACCCAACAUGUUGGUUCAUUUCUUCACAGUUUUUGGCAGAACAUUGUAGAAAAAAAACUGGUCCAGUUGUUCGUCUACUAAAUCGUUUCAUCAGCAAUAAAAAAAACAAGAUGCACAAAAAUAAAAAAUAUAAAUGUAUAAUAAUUUCAUUAAUAUUUCUAUUCAACAAGUUGAUUGGCUCAACAAUUGCUGAUACCUUGAAUGAUCACGAAAAAUCUAGAUACAAAUAUGAGCUCUUAUCAAAUUCAUCAGCCAACAUAUCAAAAGAAGACAAUGAAAGUUCAAAUAAUCUUGAACAGGAAAUUGAUUUACAAGGACAACAACCUGGACCUCAAUUUACCAGCUCAAUUUACAUUGUAAAUAAUUUAACUGAAAAUUAUUACAGAAAUAUGUCAAUUGUAAAGGUUCAAUUGUCAAAUAUAAAUUCUACAACAUCUGUUACAUACAAAAUAAGAUCUGGAAAUAUUAAUCAACUAUUUGGCAUCAAUGAAAAAACUGGUAAUAUUUAUGUUAAUGGAGAAAUUGAUUAUGAAAUUACAUCAGAAUAUACUCUCAUUGUUGAAGCAUCAAUUAAUGAAAGUUAUGAAAUAACAACAACUGUUAUAAUAAUUAUUGAAAAUACAAAUGAUAAUGCUCCAGUUUUUGAAAUAUUUCAAACAAAUAUAAAUAUCCUUGAGGAACAUAUCAAUGACAGUUGUAUUGGAAUAUUUAAAGCUCAUGAUCCAGACAUAAAAAACAAAAGUAUUGAUCAAAAUAUUAGAUACUAUACAAAGAUGGAAGAUCGUAAACAGCAUCAUUUAAUUUUUUCAAUUGACGAAUUAACUGGUUGUAUGACCUUGAAUACUAUACUUGAUAGAGAUCCACCAUUUGGUUAUCCAACAUGGAGAGUAAUUGUUGAAGCAUAUGAUAGAAAUGAUACAUACAAUUCAUUGGGUCAUGGAAUUUCAGUUGAUAUUAAUUUAAUUGAUGUCAAUGAUAAUCCACCAAUUUUAGAAAAACAACAAAUUUAUUUGUUUGAAAAUAAACCACCUGGUAUGAUAACAAAACUUGUUGCUUUUGAUUAUGAUUCAGAAUAUCAUAGUUCACCUUUUACAUUUUUCAUUGACAAUAAAACAAUUAAUUAUACAAAUAUUUCUGAUAAAUUUGCCAUUAAAAAUGAUGAACUUUGGGCUAAAGUUAAAUUUGAUUAUAAAAAACAAUCAAAAUAUGAUAUACCAAUAUUAAUAACUGACAGUGGAACACCAAAAAUGACAGGAUUAUCAAUACUUAGUGUUAUAAUUGUUUCUGAUGAUGAUAAAAAACUGGAGGGUCGUUCAACGUCUGUCGUAAUUCGUCAUUUUAAUGGAUCAUCAUUGGGAAUUGAUACACUUUAUGUUCCUUUUUUUGAUCGUGAUGACUCAACUUGGGAUGACAAAACAUUUCAAUGGGAUGGUGAAAUAAAUAAUAAUUUUGAUUUGAAUUUUAAUACUGGUAAAAUAACACCUGCUAUGAAUAUUUCUGAUGGUAAUUAUCAACUUAAAUUUAAAGUUUUUAAAGAAAGUGAGACUGUACCACGUUACAGUGUUAAAUCUACAAUCAAUAUAACUUUUAAAAAGAUAACACAAGAAGCAUUUGACAGUCUCAAUGAAAAUGGUUAUUGUCCUGAACGUCUUGAUUGUUGAUAAUUAUAUUUUAUUAUG